UUUCCGGGUUCGGCGUUUGCUUCGGGUCGGGGGCGCCGCCGGCUGCGGCGGAGGUGCGCCGGGCUGGCGCCCGACCCCAGCCACGGUCCUGCAGGCCGCGCGCCCCUCCACUCGCCUCCCAAAGACCCCCCCCAGGCUCCACCGAGUUCAAAAAUGUCCAGAAAUGAUAAGGAACCGUUUCUUGUGAAGUUUUUAAAGUCUUCAGACAAUUCCGAAUGUUUUUUUAAAGCUCUUGAGUCAAUAAAAGAGUUCCAAUCAGAAGAAUAUCUUCAGAUUAUUACAGAAGAAGAAGCAUUGAAGAUAAAGGAAAAUGAUAGGUCACUUUAUAUCUGUGACCCUUUUAGUGGCGUUGUCUUUGAUCACCUCAAAAAGCUUGGCUGCAGAAUUGUUGGCCCUCAAGUAGUCAUAUUUUGUUUGCACCACCAGCGAUGCGUCCCAAGAGCUGAACAUCCAGUUUAUAAUAUGGUUAUGUCUGAUGUAACUGUAUCUUGUACAAGCCUGGAAAAAGAUAAAAGGGAAGAAGUUCAUAAAUAUGUACAAAUGAUGGGUGGACGUGUAUAUAGAGACCUUAAUAUAUCAGUAACUCACCUUAUUGCAGGAGAAGUUGGCAGCAAAAAAUAUUUAGUUGCUGCAAACCUAAAGAAACCUAUUUUGCUUCCUUCUUGGAUUAAAACACUCUGGGAAAAGUCACAAGAGAAAAAAAUAGCUAGGUAUACUGAUGUAAACAUGGAAGACUUCAAGUGUCCUAUUUUUCUUGGUUGCAUAAUCUGUGUGACUGGCUUGUGUAGCUUAGACAGGAAGGCAGUUCAGCAACUCACAGUUAAGCAUGGAGGUCAAUACAUGGGACAGCUGAAAAUGAAUGAAUGUACACACCUCAUUGUGCAAGAACCAAAAGGUCAGAAAUACGAAUGUGCCAAGAGAUGGAAUGUACACUGUGUGACCACACAGUGGUUUUUUGACAGUGUUGACAAAGGUUUUUGUCAGGACGAAUCCAUAUACAAGACAGAACCUAGACCAGAAACAAAGACUGUGCCUGAUACUUCAACUCCUACUGGCCGGAUCAACACAGUUGAUAGUCGUACUCUUUCAGAUGUCAGCCAUAUUUCCAACAUCAGUGCAAGUUGCAUAAAUGAAUCGAUGUGUAAUUCAGUUCUUAAUAGUAAAGUGGAGCCUACACUUGAAAAUCUAGAAAAUCUGGAUGUCAGUGCAUUUCAAGCACCUGAAGAUUUAUUAGAUGGUUGUCGGAUCUAUCUUUGCGGUUUUAGUGGCAGAAAGCUAGAUAAACUGAGAAGGCUUAUUAACAGUGGAGGUGGAGUUCGUUUUAAUCAGCUCAAUGAAGAUGUAACUCAUGUUAUUGUGGGAGAUUAUGAUGAUGAAUUGAAGCAGUUUUGGGAUAAAUCGGCCCACAGGCCUCAUGCAGUGGGAGCAAAGUGGUUGCUAGAGUGUUUUAGUAAAGGUUAUAUGCUUCCUGAAGAGCCAUAUAUCCAUGCUAACUACCAGCCAGUGGAAAUUCCAGUUUCAGAUCAACCUGAAAGUAAAACAGCUCUUUUAAAAAAGAACAACAGCUUCUCUAAGAAAGACUUGGCUUCUGAUGAAAAGCAUGAACAAGCUGACGAAGAUCUGCUCUCUCAGUAUGUAAAUAAUAACCCAACAGUAGUUGAAGCUGUGAAGUCUGAACUUGAGCCCUUUAAUGACUCUACUCAUAUUUCUCUGCAAGAAGAAAACCAGUCUUCUGUCACUCGUUGCCUCCCUGAUGCUUCUACAAUUACUGAAGAAGGUUUAUUUAGCCAAAAGAGUUUCCUUGUUUUGGGGUUUAGUAAUGAAAAUGAAUCUAAUAUUGCAAAUAUCAUAAGAGAAAAUGCUGGAAAAAUCGUGUCCCUUCAGAGCAGAAUUGUUGCUGAUUAUGCUGUGGUUCCUCUGCUGGGGUGUGAAGUAGAAGCAACUGUGGGAGAAGUUGUCACAAAUACGUGGCUGGUAACUUGUAUAGACUAUCAGACUUUAAUUGAUCCAAAGUCAAAUCCUCUCUUCAUACCAGUCCCAGUAAUGGCAGGAAUGACUCCUUUAGAGGGUUGUGUUAUUUCGUUCAGCCAGUGUGCAGGAGCAGAAAAAGAUUCGUUGACGUUCUUAGCAAAUCGCCUUGGAGCAAGCGUUCAAGAAUUCUUUGUUCGCAAAUCCAAUGCAAAGAAAGGCAUGUUUGCCAGUACACAUCUUGUAUUGAAAGAACCAGGUGGAUCUAAAUAUGAAGCUGCCAAGAAGUGGAAUUUACCAGCAGUCACCACAUCUUGGUUGUUGGAGACUGCUAGAAUGGGAAAGAGAGCCAAUGAAAGCCAUUUUCUGAUUGAAAAGUCAACUAAAGAAGAACAAAGUUUGGAAACUGAAAUAACAAACAGGGUGAAUCUAAAUCCAGAUACUCUGGAGCAUCCUGUUGCACAACUGGAAACUCACAGGAAAACAGCUGUUACACCUUUAGAUAUGAACCGCUUUCAGAGUAAAGCUUUCCGUGCUGUGAUCUCACAACACACCAGACAGGUUUCAGUCUCCCCACCAGUGGGACAGCGACUUCAGAAGGAGCCCUCCUUACAUCUGGAUACACCAUCAAAAUUUCUGUCCAAGGACAAACUCUUCAAACCUUCCUUUGAUGUGAAGGAUGCACUUGCAGCCUUGGAAACUCCAGGAGGUCCUAGCCAGCAGAAAAGGAAACUGAGUACGCCACUUUCAGAAGUCAUUGUCAGAAACUUGAAACUUGCUUUGGCAAAUAGCUCUCGAAAUGCUGUUGCUCUGUCUGCCAGCCCUCCGCUGAAGGAUGCCCAAUCGGAGAAGGAAGAAGCCCCCAAGCCACUUCACAAGGUAGUGGUAUGUGUGAGUAAGAAACUCAGUAAGAAGCAGGGUGAACUGAAUGGGAUUGCAGCGUCUCUGGGAGCAGAUUACAGAUGGAGUUUUGAUGAAACGGUGACUCAUUUCAUUUAUCAAGGCCGACCAAAUGACACUAACCGAGAGUAUAAAUCUGUAAAAGAAAGAGGAGUACACAUUGUUUCAGAACACUGGCUUUUAGAAUGUGCGCAAGAGUAUAAACAUCUUCCUGAAUCUCUUUAUCCACAUACUUACAAUCCCAAAAUGAGCUUGGAUAUCAGUACAGUGCAAGAUGGCAGACUCUCUAAUAGUCGACUACUCUCAGCAGAUUCAACAACAAAGGAUGAUGAGCCAAAUCAUUUGCCUAUAGAAGAAAACGAUAUAGACAGUAUAACCACCGGUAAUAAAGAAUCAGCAACAUCAAAUGGAGAUGGAAGGAAUGACUCUAAAGGAGCUCUGACACAGACCUUGGAGAUGAGAGAAAACUUUCAAAAGCAGCUGCAGGAGAUAAUGUCUGCAACAUCAAUAGUGAAACCCCAAGGACAGAGGGCUUCCCUUUCAAGAAGUGGUUGUAACAGUGCUUCUUCAACCCCUGAUAGCACUCGCUCUGCCCGCAGUGGGCGAAGUAGAGUCCUGGAGGCACUGAGGUAUGUACCCGUCACUGAUGGCAAAAAGGAGUGA